AUGGCGGAAUUAAUGUCCUCAGCCGGGGCCUAUAUGCGCGGACUAUGGAAAAAGGAGACUCCGCAUGUUCGAAUCUGCCUUUUCGGCCACGGCGGAGCUGGAAAGACCACCCUCCUAUACCGGCUGCUUCAGGAGAACCUUCAUCUCCCGUCUGAAAGGUUCGACUUUGAGAUCUGGGAUCUCGGAGGAGGGUGUUCGUUCCUUCCGAUAGGGGUGUUUCAGCAUCUAGUUAAUCCGGAAGUGAUUUGCUUGUUCCUCAUCGACUCAUCGGAUCCUUACGAUUACGUCAAGUAUGAGCUCGACGACGUUCUGGGUAAAAUCGACGAGGCGAAGCACUUUGCGGUCGUAUUCAAUCACAAAAGUCAAAAAGACCAGGCGGAUGCUGCGGCAUUGAAACAGGCGGUAAACGACAGAAUCCAGUCGUGGAGAGGGGCACGACGGUGCGGAUCGACAUACGAAGUUUACGAUGACCUUGACAGAUUCAAUGCCGCAACUGGUGAGCAGGUCGAUGUUCUACUGCAACGCAUGAUCCACGUUGCAAAGACAAAUUUGCGGGACGAACCGGUCACCAAGUCUGUACUGCCAAAGGCGGAGAUCCCCAAGCCAUCGAGGGAAGAACUUUUGCAGAGGAUUGAGCUGCGGUCCAAAGAAUCAGUGCAUCGGCUGCCUCCUGAUCAAUUCAUUACGCAAAUGAAAGCUGGCACGCUAUCAACUUGGGAUCAUAUGUGCCAUUUACGUGCUGGAUUUCUUUGCAUAAUGGAAUGCAUUAUGGAAGAAGACGUUGUUUUUGCCGCAGCGGAGCUGUUCCUGCAGCGCCUGGAUCUCAUGUUGCGUGCCAGCCCAGGCAAAUUCCGCAACACAUUCCAUCGAACUCUCACGAUAUUCUGGAUGCAUCAAAUCCAUCUUCAGAUGCUUUUAGCCCGACAAAAGACUGGAGUCCUGCCAUCCUAUGACAAGUUUAUCGGAUUUUUGCGGCAAUGCCCUGAGCUCAUGGACGGCCGGGCGUGGGAUCAAUACUGGUCCAAGGAUGUCCUCUUCGGCUCCGAGGCAAGAGAAGCCUGGGUAUUACCCGAUCUAAAACCACUGCCCCGGUAUACGCCAUCCGCUCAGGCAAACAAACCGAAGAACAUCCAGUCCCCUCAAAGUAACGCCCAAAUUUAUCAACGUUUCGCAUACGGCAUUGUGAAAGCUGUCAAGUCCACCGACCAACGGCGCGCCGCGAUUAUUAAUGACACCCUACCCAUCAUACAGUCAUAUCUGAUCCAAUUGCGUUCCAAAUCCCAGUCCACCGAAAAGAUCGAUUCCUACUCUCUGACCCAAGCGUACUUCUGGAUUCAAAUGACCCACGCCGCAGUGGCAUCUAUCCCGCCCGGUAAAUCAAUGGACAUCAGCAAGCUCAGCUUCGAGACCUUUGGAAUUCUCUUUCCAGAGCUGGUCGGUGCGGAGGACCUCUGGAAAGAUUACUACACACCAGAACAAUGGAAUUCUGUGGAAGCGAGAAUGAGAACAGUGCUUCCGCGCAAAAAACCCCUCCCUAACUUUUUCCAACCACCCUCCCAAACCCAGGUGGAGAAAGCUAUUGCGUCGCGCCUGGACGAAAAGUAUGUAGUCCAUGACGGAGAUACGUCGUCUGGUCUGGAUGGCCGCCCGAGUUCCGAGGAGUUGUUUCUCAGGGUUCGAUGGGCUGUCAAGUCAACGAUGUCCAUGAAUGAGAAGCGGGAUGACUAUGAUGGCUCAGCGGAUAGCCACGCAGCACUUUUGCGUCGGUUAUUCUGUCGGCUGAUCAUGACGGAUCCUGACGGUACCAGUGGAACACUCGUCUCCCAGGUUGUAUGGGAAGAAAUGUCGUUUCUUCAUGGCAGAGGCCAGUAUACGUGCGCGGCCUUUUGGGCUCGGAUGAUCGUGGCCGCAUUUGCUAGAAUGGACGCAGCGUUCAAGAGCCAAGUGGAAGAAUACCGCGGCUUGGUGGAAGAGGCCGAGGUGGAAGCAGCAGAGACACUGUUGUUUUCCCAGUUUCUUUCUGCUAGCAUGGAACUCUGCUGGGAACGUUUGUGGGCCACGUAUUACUCGGACGAGGUGUGGAAGAGCAAAGGCGCGGCGGAUGGAUAUGUCGUUCCUGAUAAGAAACCGCUUCCAGCGUACAUUGAGGAAAGAUUGAAUUGA